CUGGUUCAGAACGUGUUAAUGCUACAGAUGCAAUCGGGCAACAUCUAAAAGAAGGUGCUAACAUUAAUAAAUCAUUGACUAAUCUGGGUAAAGUCAUUGCUGCUUUGGCUGAACUAUCUGUUGGUGGUGGUUCCAAAAAAAAUUCGUUCAUUCCUUAUAAAGACUCUGUCUUAACGUGGCUACUUAAAGACAAUUUGGGAGGUAACUGCAAGACAACUAUGAUCGCUGCUAUUUCUCCAGCAGAUUAUGAUGAGACACUCAGCACUCUUCGCUAUGCUGAUGCCGCACGUCGGAUCAAAAACAAGGCUAUUGUUAAUGAAGAUUUUAAUGCGAGACUCAUUCGUGAACUUAAAGAAGAAUUACAAACGUUACGAAAAGUUUAUGAUUCUAGUCUUUCUAGUAUUCUUGACAGUCAACAAUUUGUCACAUUUAAAGAUAUGGGGGGUAACUUUAUUCAGAAAAUAAAAGAAGAAUUGUUCGAUCAAAUUCAAGCAUCAGAAAAGUUGAUGAAAGAAGUAACCGAAACUUGUCAGGAAAAGAUAAGGCGUACGGAAGAAAUUCAACUGGAACGAGAAAAAACACUAGAAGAACUUGGUAUCAUGAUCGAGAAAAAAAAGAAAAGUGACGUUGGUGUACAUUCUCCUAAAAUGGUGCCACACAUUGUUAAUCUCAAUGAAGAUCCUCUUUUGUCAGAGUGUUUGGUUUACCAAAUUAAGAGUGGAAUUACGCGCGUGGGCCGCAUUGAUUCAGAAACUCCAUCUGAAUAG